AUGUGUCACAGCUCGAUCGUGAGGAUUCAUGACGUUUUUGACAACGGCACAUCAGUGUCCUUCGUCAUGGACCAAAUGCAUCAAGAUCUACUUGAUGGACUUCAGAGCUAUGUUAUGAGGGAGAAGCUGGGAAGAGAGUCCGACAUGAAUGGCUUGCUGCAUAUAAUCCAGCAGAUGGUGGCUGCUGUACAGUACUUGCACACUCUUGCGAUUGUCCAUCGCGAUGUAAAGCCAGAGAAUUUCUUGAUAGACCGUGAGCAGCUCACUGAUUCUUCCUGCAGGGUGGUCCUGGCCGACCUUGGGUCAGCCUGCAGGCUCACGGACAAUCAGCGCUUGUCCGAACAGGUUGGAACUACCGCUUAUUGGUCUCCCGAGAUGUAUGACCAAAAUUAUGGUCUGAAAGUGGACAUCUGGGCCCUGGGCAUAUGCCUGCACUGCAUGGCCAGCAACACCUUCCCGUUCGUGGACGAGCAUGAGGUUCGUACGAAGACUUUCCGCCUACGUCGGAUCAGUCAAUCAUGCAACAGAUUGAUCCACGCAAUGCUGAGCAAGGCAGAGGCCAAGCGGCCCAGUGUCCAUGAAGUCCAGCAGCACCCGUGGCUGACCGGCAAGGACGAUCCGGAUGAGCGUCCGGACGAGGAUGCCUGCGGCCGGAAGCCUGGCGGUUGGUUUGGAGUGUCUCUUUCAAAAGAGCUCUCUGGGUGGCCUUCGCCACGAAAGCCGCGCCGCGCCUGGCCGCGGGCAGCUCUCCCACUUCUUUUUGCCUUCUUUUUCACGGGCCUCGUCUUCAAGCCGUGCCGUCCUGGCUGGGAUGCCUCGACUGCCUCUGCUGCAUCCGCGGCCUCUGGUGCUCGCUGGACUCCCUUGGAAGUCACCCCAAGCCCGCCGCACAAUCUGAAACAUGUAAUCCGUGGUUCCAUUUCCAGCUGCGCCCAAGCAGUCUUCAGCACGGCCAUGCCGUGA